AUGCCAAUGAAGGGAUUAACAAGAAAAUUGUAUGAGGAGCUAGAUGAAACAAUUGCUACUAAGAAGAAGGUGUUCUUAGAUGGCCCAUACGGAGGAAGUUCUAGAGAUCCCUUGAGUUUUGAUAAUCUUACAAUGAUUAGUACCGGAAGUGGAGUAACCGCUACCUUGCCAUUUUUGCAGUUCGCAGUUCGUUCAAUUGUAAAGCACAAGGAAUUAUCUGAGUACAUUGUUCUUAAAGAUAUUCAUUUUGUUUGGAUUAUCAGACUGGAAGAAACUAUUGAAUGGGUUAGAGAAGAGUUAGAUAGAGCCAUACAGGCUGCAGCAGAGUACGUCACUAUUGAUAUUUACAUUGUUAAUGCACAAGACAAGGCAAUUGAGUCAAUUGGUGAUAGAGGAAAACACGAAGUGAUAUCGGAGAUUACUGAGAAGGGAUCAGAGACCAGCAGCACCAAUAUAGACACCGUUCCCUUAAUGACUAAAUCCAUCAAUAUUCAUCAUGAGAAACCUAACAUCUCUCAAAUAAUGGAAGAAUCUAGGAGAUACUUGAAGAGAAAAAAUAUGAUUGUUUCGUGCGGGAGCACUUCAAUGAGAAGAGAAGUGUGUAGAAGCGUCGCAGGUUUACAGAGCAUGGUAUUUAAUUCAGACAUCCAUAAGAGCCAACACACGAUUGAAGAGGUAUUUCUCCAUACGGAAGCAUUUGGUUGGUAG